AUGUCGACACAACCUCUUCUCCAGACAGUCCCAGGCAAGCGAAUUGCCCUCCCAACCCGUGUUGAGCCCAAAGUUUUCUUCGCCAACGAGCGAACAUUCCUCUCAUGGCUCAACUUCACCGUCAUCCUCGGCGGUCUCGCUAUCGGCCUCCUCAACUUUGGUGAUCGCGUCGGCCGCAUCUCCGCCGGUCUGUUCACCAUCAUCGCUAUGGCAGCCAUGAUUUAUGCACUAUUCACGUUCCACUGGCGAGCCCAGAGUAUACGGAAACGUGGACAGAGCGGGUUCGACGACCGCUUCGGUCCUUCGUUGCUUGCAAUUGCAUUGUUAGCGGCUGUUAUCGUCAACUUUGUGCUCAGGAUUCGUGAGACGAAUAAGGCCUAG